ACAAGGAAGUGAGGCAUUCAAAACAGUGAAGGCAUAACGGGCGUGACAGCUGGUUUCUUUUACAAAUAGGAGUUUAAAAAAUUGCCAUUAGGUUGAUUUUAGUCGAGCAAAAAGGUUUGUAGUUUUAAAUGAAUGAAUAACAUCGUUCAAAAUGAGCUUCUCGGUGUUCUCGUAUGAGAGUUUGGUUCAUGCUGUAUCAGGAGCUGUGGGAAGUGUGACUGCCAUGACAGUAUUCUUCCCUCUUGAUACUGCCAGACUGAGGCUACAAGUUGAUGAAAAUAGGAAGGCUAAAUCAACUCCAGCCAUUCUUGCAGAUAUUGUCAAAGAGGAAGGACUAUUAGCUCCGUACAGAGGUUGGUUCCCGGUCAUCUGCAGCCUGUGCUGCUCCAACUUUGUCUACUUCUACUGCUUCCACAGCCUCAAGGCUAGCUGGCUGAGGGGAAAGCAGUCGACACCAAGCACUGACUUACUCAUAGGCAUUGCUGCAGGUGUUGUAAACGUACUGAUUACCACUCCUUUGUGGGUGGUCAACACCAGGCUGAAGCUUCAGGGUUCCAAGUUUCGCAAUGCAGACAUACGACCCACCAACUACUCAGGCAUUCUGGAUGCAUUUGCGCAGAUCACCCGUGAUGAGGGCGUGGGAGCGCUGUGGAACGGGACCUUCCCGUCUCUGUUGCUGGUGCUGAACCCCGCCAUCCAGUUCAUGAUUUAUGAAGGCCUGAAGAGGCAGCUGAGGAGAGGAGUUCCCAGGGAGCUGUCAUCUGUUGAGGUCUUCAUCAUCGGCGCUGUUGCCAAAGCUGUUGCCACCAUUGUUACGUACCCACUGCAGACCAUACAGUCCAUUCUCAGGUUUGGUCAGUUCAAAGAGUCAACAGACAAGUCAAAACUACUGUCCAGUAUAAGGUCCAUCAAGUGUCUAUUGGUCAACAGAGUGAGGAAGUAUGGCAUGUUGGGUCUGUUUAAAGGCCUGGAGGCCAAGCUGCUGCAGACGGUGCUGACUGCUGCACUCAUGUUUCUUCUCUAUGAGAGAAUCGCCAGCUGCACCUUCGGAGUCAUGGGACUGAACAGCAACCAGUACAAGAAACGCUAGCCAGCUCCACAACCAUGGACAUUAAAGCACUACACUGACUGUAGUGAUCACUGCUUAACGAAUCUUUAAUGGAGACUUACCUCCAGUCAAUAAAACAUCACUCCUCUCUCCAGUUAAAUAUACACAUACUGAAUGCAUAAUCAUCAAGCCAGUCCUUAACUGUACCUUACUGUAAAAAUGUCAAAUGUCACCAAGUACCUAACCUGAGCAGGUGAUCUCCAGGUUGUAGAAAAAGCAAUAUAAUGAUACACAUAGUUAUACUCAGUUCUCAAGACUUGCUUGAGUUUCAUCUUCCAUAUACCAACACAGUGACUGGCUCCUCUCGCAAACAUGACAUCAUCAGGCUCUGAACUGAAACAAAAGUGUCAUUACUGGAAAAAGUCAAGUGAGUUUCAUUAGAACAAAAAUGAAACCAAAUCAAAGCCGCAGCUCCUGCAGCUCAUUCACCAGUCUGACGGAGCCUGGAGAGAGAGAGAGAGAGAAUUGAGAUUUAAAAAUACAUAUAUAUUUUUUUAUUUCUAAUAUUCUGUAAUAAUUUCUUAAGUGUACAAUAGCACAUGUCUAAAAAAAAUAUUUCCAUCUCUGUUUGUCCUAAGGUGUGCAAUAUCUGACAGAAAACCUGCUUUAUAAACGGGGGGCAGGGAGUUUGAAAGCAUCGGCUGUCUAAUGAAAAAUGCUGUUGAGUUGUAUUAUGGGAAUUGUAGGAUCCAGUAUUUUUGUAGCAAUUGAUCAUUGUGUGAUUCUUAAUUUUUUUCAUGUUAUCUGUUUACCUGUUAAGUUUUGUUUUUCUUCAGUCUGGAGUGAGAAGAUCAUAAAAUAAACAUGCAAACACAGAGA